AUGAGAAUAAGUGACUGCCAAACUCAAAACUUGGCCAAAAUACUGCUGGCUACAACUGCAGAUAGCCCUCAGGAGCGACAGAGACACCUUAAGAAACUGGCCACGGGACAAGUCCUAGAUUUAAAAGAUGCAUUUUUCAGCUUGCCCCUAGCACCUAAAAGCCAGAAUAUCUUUGCCUUUGAGUGGACAGACCUGGAAAAAGGAAUUAGCAGCCAGCUCAUCUGGACCAGGCUCCCCCAAGGAUUCAAGAACUCACCCACCAUCUUCAAUGAGGCCCUACAUGAAGAUCUGAGUGAGUUCCGAUCCAAACACCCAGAAUUAACUCUUUUACAGUACGUAGAUGAUAUCCUGGUAUCCACUGAAGACCAGGAGAGGUGCCUGCAAGGCACCAAGGACCUGCUUUCUACACUAGGAGCCUUGGGUUACCGAGCCUCGACCAAAAAGGCCCAAAUCUGCAAGACAGAGACACCUGCUUCACUGAAUCCAGACACCCUCCUCCCUGACCCGGACUGGGAGGCACCACUCCAUGACUGUGGAGAAAUCAUGGCUCAUGUUCACGGAGUCAGAACCGACCUGCGAGAUCAGCCACUGGCAGAAGCAGAUGCCACAUGGUACACCGAUGGAAGCAGCUUCAUGCAAAAUGGAGUAAGGUAUGCAGGGGCAGCUGUGACAACCGAGACAGAAGCUGUCUGGGCUGCGCCACUGGCUCCAGGGACUUCAGCCCAGUGGGCAGAGCUGAUCACGCUGACUAAAGCAUUGACUAUGGCCAAAGGCAAAUGCCUUAAUGUCUAUGUGGACAGUAGGUAUGCAUUUGUCACUGUCCACAUACAUGGAGCCAUCUAUAGAGAGAGGGGGCUGUUAACUGCAGAGGGAAAAACCAUCAAAAAUAAAGAAAUUCUUGGCCUCCUACGGGCCCUUUGA